AUGGAUGACCCCAUCGAAGCUUUUACGUCCAUCACAGGACAAUCGGAGGUUGUGGCAAGACGUUAUUUGGGAAUGACAGACAACAACUAUGAACAAGCAAUAGGAUUAUUCUUUGAAGCACCUGAACUCGCCGGAAGUCAAAAUGACACUCCUCAGCAAGCGCCACCACAGAUACCUACUUCUACCAGGCCUCAAAGAUCCACAACCCGUGCCAUGGAACAUUCAUCUGGGGUGGUACAUAUAGAUUCUGAUGCUGAUGUGGAAGUGGAUGAUGAUGGUAGUGAUGCGGAUUCUGAUGCUGCAAUAGCUGCCGCUAUUGCACGCGCCGCGGAGGUGGAGGACGAUGCAGCCAUGGCGCGGAGAAUGCAAGAAGAGCUAUACGGUGGUGGAGAUGCUGGUGGCGGUUUAGAUGCAGAUGGCGUAAGAGCUCCUAUUGCGAGAACAACGGAGACACUUGUUGGCGGUUCAGGAGACUGGGAAACAGAUGAUGCACAACAAGCUGUUAUGCAGCAGAUGAGACUUCGAGCACAAGCCAGAGCAGCUGGCGGAGGCUCAGCUCGAUCGGGAGUCUUCAAUCAACGAGUCACUCCAUCGAUUUGGGAUGAAUCUAACGAUGGUUUGGCACAGGCGACUGGAGGGGCCUCGGAAGGAACUAGCAAGACCGCCCGCCUUGCGGAACUUUUCAGACCACCAUUCGACCUAAUGUACAAAUUGCCUUGGGAUGAGGCUCGCGAUGAGGGAAAAGAGAGUGGAAAGUGGAUCUUGGUCAACAUACAAGAUAACUCUAUAUUCGACUGCCAAUCAUUGAAUCGCGAUAUAUGGAAAGACUCUGGCAUCAGAGAUGUCGUCAAGGAAAACUUCAUAUUCAUGCAGUAUUCCAAGGACGAUCCCAGGGGAAGCCAAUACCUUCAGUACUACUUUCCACAAAAAGAUAGUGAGGCUGCAUAUCCUCACAUCGCGAUCGUCGACCCGAGAACCGGAGAGCAAGUAAAAGUUUGGUCGGGACCUCCAGUACCAAAGCCUGCAGAUUUCCUCAUGCAAUUGGUUGAGUUUCUAGAUCGAUACAGUCUUGAUCUUUCCAAGAAAAAUCCCGUUGCUAGACGAAAACCAGAGAAGUCGAAGUCGAUUGACGUCGAUAAGCUCACCGAGCAGGAAAUGCUCGACUUGGCACUGCAAAAUAGUCUCGCAAACAAUGGAACGGCUGGACCCAAGGCGGAUGAUCCAGAUGACCUUACAAAGAGCUUCGGAGAUGCCGGCAAAGAAAAGGGCAAAGGGGCUAAGGAAGAAAGUUCAGAGGCAGCUGAGUCCUCCCAAGAUAGCUAUAUCGAAGCAGUCUCGCCUUUCGAUCAAAUUGCUUCCGACAGACCGCAUACUGAACCCGAAGGCCCCGCUUCGCAAAACACACGCAUCCAGUUUAGACAUGCCGAUGGUCGUGUUGUUCAUAAAUUCAGACUUGACGAUCCAGUACGCCGCAUUUACGAAUGGCUCAAAUCGGAUCCACUGGAUGGCAAAGCAGGAUUCCCCUUUGAGCUAAAAGCUUCUGGGAAAGAUUUGAUGGAUUGUUUGGACCAAACAAUUGAGGCUGCGGGGCUCAAGAAUAGCACGGUGAUGAUGGAAAUUAUCGAUUAUUGA